UCAUCUAAAGCACCGUGCAUUGUUCUUGUACUGAAAUAUGCCCCACGGCUGUCUACUGAGAGCGUACUGAGCAUGCUCACUGGGAUUCCAGAUGUUAAUUAUUUAAACAAAUGUUGGCGGGUCGGUCCCAAUAUCAAGACGCCUCAGGAGGAUUUAGCACCUUCUGAUUGUCCAGAUUUAAAUAAAAUGAUAAAGAUUCUGUCCUGACAGAAACUAAGUAGCAAAAGUUCAGUCAGCUGAAAACAUUUUCAUAGCACUGUUAUGAUUAAAUAAAUCCAUUUGUGGUUCUCUGCUUAUCUGAGAUCGGGUCCCAGAUAAACAUGGAGACAGAAUACAGGUUUGCACUAAAUUAAAGACGAUGUUUUCUCUAACAGACUUCGGUACAGAUGAGGCUUACAUGUUAACUGCAGCUCUCAGGCAGACAGCUUUUACAUAAUCUAACCUCCAUGCUCACCGGCUGUUGUGUAAAUAAAACCCUGCCAGCCACCGUGAGGUAAAUAUCGGUAUAAACUGCAAACAAACGUUGGGCACAGAGCCCAGAAAUCUCACAUUGUAAGAAUUAUUGACUCUAAUGCACAGCUGACCGCAGGAGACGUGUAACUGGAGCGAAGGGCUGAAGUCCAGAGAGGUGCAGGUUAGACGGGCUGGGCGUGGUGGUGGGCAGGUGUCAGAGCAGCAGGUGGAGGUGUGGUUGAAGGCAAGCAGAAGGUCAUUAACGCAGAGCAGGUCAGCUGGCUCUAACCUACAGCGAUGACGCUCUGCAAGGCGAUCUGUGUGGCGGCUCUGCUGACUCUGCUGACACACGAGUCGGCUUCACAGCUAACAGACUGUGGACAGCCAACCCUAGACAGCAGGAUUGUUGGUGGAGAGGCAGCUCCUGAAGGCAGCUGGCCCUGGCAGGUCAGUCUGCACAGCCAGGCUCACUUCUGUGGAGGAUCUCUGAUUAACAACCUGUGGGUUCUGACUGCAGCUCAUUGUGUCCCAGGGGGCAAACCAUCCGAUAUCAGAGUUUAUCUGGGGCGUCAGAGCCAGCAGGGAAGCAACCCAAAUGAAGUUCUUCGGACAGUAGAGCAGAUCAUUGUUCAUCCUGAAUACAACGGUGACACCAACGACAACGACAUCGCCCUGAUGAAGCUCUCCUCAGCCGUAAAUUUCUCUGCCUACAUCUCCCCCGUCUGCCUGGCCGCUUCAGACAGCACCUUCUACAGCGGCGUUGACUCCUGGGUCACCGGCUGGGGCAACGUUGGAUCUAAUGUGCCUCUUCCUUCUCCUCAAAACCUGAUGGAGGUGGAGGUGCCAGUUGUGGGAAACAGACGGUGUAAAUGUAGCUAUGGAGUGAGCUCCAUCACUGACAACAUGAUCUGUGCCGGUUUACUCACUGGAGGAAAGGACUCCUGCCAGGGAGACUCAGGAGGUCCCAUGGUGAGCAAACAAAAUGGCCACUGGAUUCAAUCUGGAGUUGUGAGUUUUGGCACAGGUUGUGCUUGGCCAGAUUUCCCAGGAGUCUAUGCCAGAGUCUCCCAGUACGAGAGCUGGAUCAAAGCCCAGAUCACCAGCAACCAGCCGGGCUUCAUCACGUACACAUCCUCAGGAACGGACAGCGACCUUAGCGUUUCAUGCACCGGCGUGCCACCGUGAUAUACUGCGGCCAAGCCCCACUGGGUUCUGGUAUCUCGGAUGGUGUUUCUGUAACAGCUGGUGAAUGGCCAUCAAUGGCAAG